AGAGGGGUCUCACUCAUAAGGGUAGAACUUUUUUACGUGAAGGUCAGAGUUUUGUAAAGCUGCAUGCCUGUCAGCAGGUGAUGUUAUCUGCAGGAGUUGAUGUCACAUUUCUUAUAUCUUAGCCGUUCUAGCAAUGUUGUGGUGAGCCCUCCUUUUACUGUAAACACUAAUUGCUCUUGUGUGUGUGCACGUGUGCUGCGGUGGCAUGUCUAAUCUACAAACUACAAGAAGGACAUGACUCGUCUCUCAUAGUGGUAUCAGUUCCACUGAAUAAAACUAAUGAGUUGACAGCUCAUAAGUGUAACAGUUAGGGAGAAAGAAUUAGCAAAUUAAGAUUAGAUGAAGGUAGAUAAAGAUGUUUUGGAAAAUAAACCCAAAAUAGAAACAACUAUGGCAGCUCUCAGACAAAAUUUACUUUAUGCUAAGCAGACAUUUUAAUCUAAACUCAGGAUGAAAUGCUGAGCUUCAUGGAUUCUGUGUGAUUGGACGUUAUUCAACCAUUGGCCUCACUGCUAAUCUCAUAUCUCAGAAUGAGUAGCUGUAGAAGAGCUAGUCUUUUUUACUCAUGCUUUACUCAGAAUGAGACACAAGACCCUUUUCAUCUAGAGCGUUUGUGUGCGCACAUAUACGUUUCAAAGCGAGAUGGAGAGAAAGAAAGAGUUUGUUUUUGAACUAGUUAAAAGUUAAAAUGACAGAAAACCUUUAAAAGAACGUUUGGGGUAGAUGAAAAAGAGGCACAGGAGAUGAAUCAACUUAAAGCACAUGCUGCUGCUAUUGGGGGUCCUAAGCAGAGUCAUCUAUAACGCUGGUAUAUAUAUGAGUCAUCUGACAUUUCUAAAAGAUUUAAUGCUGAAGAGUUGUCCCCUCAUCCUCAAAGUUUCAGAGGGGCCCGACUAACUCACAUCUCUCGUCUUUUUCUCACUGUCUACUGUCUUGUACACACUGUCAAGGAAGAUGCUUGCCUUGCUCAGUGUCCUCCUGCUCUCAUCACAUGUCCUUCCUCUCGUCCAGUCACUGCAGUGCGAUGAAAGAACAGAGUACUUGAAAGACAAUCGGUGCUGCAAAAAAUGUAAACCAGGAGAGCUUAUGAUAGAGAAAUGUGAACAAGGAAUUUCUGAUACUCAGUGCGACGCAUGUGGAGAUGGCUUCUUCAUGGACGACUAUAAUAUCAAUUACCACUGGUGCAAACAUUGCACAACGUGCACCAAGGAACAUAUGAAGAAUAUGAAGAACUGUACGGCGACAAGUGAUGCAGUGUGUACAUGUGAGGAGGGCUACAGAUGCAGUGACAGCAAAUGCCAGACGUGUGAGAAAAUUCAGACAACUACUGUUACUACUCCUCCUUCCACUCAAACAAUACCGCCCACCCAUGAUAAUGUGUGGAUCUCGGUGAGUCUGUGUUUUGCAUGUGUGUGUGUGUGCGCUCUGCUCACCUGUUUCCUUCUCAUCAGCAGACAUGCACGACCAUGUGGACGGAUCAUGUCAACAUCAGUCGGUCUCUGCUCCUCCGACAAGAGCAGCCUUGGAUCCAGUCAGUGCACAGAGGAAGAGGAGGUACCAAUGCCAGUACAGGAGGUGUGUGGAAAGACUGAAAAACUGGAGGAUGUCUGAGAAAAGAGCAGGAAGAAGACCACUGAUGCGUCUACGGAUUGAGUAUUUACUCUAAUACAAACCUGCUGCUGCUGCCAUUUACGCAAGAGAAAAUCUGCACUCAGGUGGCCCAUAUGAAGGUUCUGUGAGAAUGACUGUCCAUCCUGAGAAAUUCUGAGAUAGAGAGAGUUUUGAGUUGCCACUGCACACAAGGAGACACUCAACAUACAACACAGAGCUAAUCUUUUUCAACAAAUGAAGGUUUUAUUCUCUGCACGCUUGUUUGUAUUUAUAAUUGUAUGGUUUUUGCACAACAAGCCCAUGGACUUUUUCAAAUCAAGAUUUUAUGUUAAAAUGUAUAUGAAUGUAAAGUUAAAGUUUUUCACUUUUUUUAAUAACUAAAAAUAUGUCUCGAAAUAUUAUGAAGUUAUAGAAGCUGCAUGUAUAAAAUGAUAACAGAACGAACAUAAUAUUUCAAAUAUAAAAUGUAAAAAUAACAUUUUGAUGGGAAUAUAGCAUGUCACUUACAAGAAGUAUUGUAGUUGUAUUUGUAUUUGCUAUCUUGCAGUGAAAUUAAUGAAGUACUCAGGGAAACAUGUAAAAAAAAUAAACUUUUAUUGAUUUUA